CUCAUUCUCACCAUACACAUUAAUUCAUCCCAAAGAUAUGCCUAUAAUAGAGAAAGAUGAACACAACAAGAAACUAGUAACUGACUUAUACAAAGCCUUAGUUUCCAAAGACACAAAAACAAUGCAACAUCUUCUUGCCUCAGAUUUAGAAUGGUGGUUCCAUGGUCCUCCAUGCCAUCGUCACUACUUAGUCUCUUUCCUCACAGGCUCAUCACCAUCAUCAUCAUCUCAAAAAUCUCUAGUUCCUAAUCUCAUACUAUGUUUUGGAUCAGUGAUUGUUGCUGAAGGGUAUGAUGAAAAAAGCAUGAUGUGGUGGGUUCAUGCAUGGUCUAUUAGAGGGGGAAUAAUUACGGAAGUUAGAGAGUAUGUUAACACUUCAGUAACUGUUACAAAGCUUGGUUUUUAUCCAGAAGAUGUUGUUGUUGGUUCAAGUUGUAGAUGUAUUUGGAAGAGUAAGCUUUGUGAUGCUUCUGUUCCUGGACUCAUUCUUACAAUCUAGCUACUAGAAAAGGUUUUUUUUUUUAAAUCAAAAUAAGUCUUGUUAUUAUAUUUAUAUAAGGAAAAAUUGCUUCCACUCUUUUAUCUUAUUUUAUUUUAAUGAAUUAGGUAUUUAUCUUUUUGUUUUUAUUAACGUAUGAAACAUUAACGAUAUUGACA